AUUUUAACUAUGCCUAAAAACACAAUUAAAAAGACUGUCAAAAAAAUUAAAAAGCCCAAAACUAGAAACUCUAAGUAAACCAACAAAUCAAAAAUUGACGAUGAUGAAUCCAUUGAUUCAGAAUACCUGGAUGAAUUAGAAAAUUAAAAACCUUAAAAUGUGUCAGAUAAAAGUGAUAGCGAAAUUGAUGAAACUGAAGAUAACAGAAGACUAAGAUUGGCUAAAUAAAUUUUAUAAUAAACGAAAUAAGAAUUAUAAUCUAAAAAUGAUGACUUUUUUUAAGAUCAUCAUGAUAUUCAUAUGAAUGAUGAAGACAAAAGAUUGAAUGUUGCCUUACUAGAGAAAGUAACUAAUUAGCCUUAUAAUAGUUUGCUGAAAAACAUACUAUCUAUUAAUAAUAAAUCCAAAAAUAUGAUAGAGAAUUCAAUAGAGAAAUCUAUAAAGGUCAUUUACGAGCUAUUACUUGUACUGAAGUAGAUGAAUUUGGUAAAAACAUGUAUUCUUGUUCAAAAGAUUCAAGCAUUAUCAAAUGUAAUUAUAUUAAUCUAUAAUAUAAGGGGAUUUGGAAACAAAAAAGAAAGAAUUCAUAUAGAGAGAAGUAGGUAAACAUGGAGAUGGACAUUAUGAUGAAGUUUUGACAAUAUCGUUGAAUUUUGAUGGCAAGAUUUUAGCUAGUGCUGGUAAAGAUCAUUCGAUUAAAUUAUGGGAUACAACAUCUAAUAAAUUGAUAGAAACACUUAAACAUCAUAAAGCUCCAAUUUAUGGUGUUAAAUUUGGAUAUAAUUCUAAUAAUCUAUGUAGUAUAUCUUGUGAUAGAACUUUUAUAUAAUGGGAUGCUGCACAAAGAGCUUAUAUUGAUACAUUGUAAUAUUUACAAGUAAUUUAUAAGUUUUGGACAUAGUACAGAAGCAAAUGAUAUCGAUUGCUUUAAUGCUGAUGAUUUCUUGAGUUGUGGAUAUGAUAGAUAAAUGAUUCAAUGGAAAACUAAAUCAGGAGGAUAACUUCUUUAUAAUGGACAUGAAUAGUCUAUUGAUUGUAUUAGAGCUUUAACUCCUGAAACCUUUGCAACUGGUUCAAUUGAUUCAAAUAUCAAUUUAUGGAAUGUUAAAAAAAGAAGACCUUUAUUCGAACUUUAUAAACCUCAUGGGGAUAAAUGGAUUACUUCAUUGGUAAUUCUUAAUCUUUAAAUUAGGGAACUAUUUAUAAUAGUGAUCUUUUGAUUUCAGGAUCUAUUGAUGAUAAUCUUAACAUUUACAAAGUUACAAAUAAGGAAAUCACAAAAGUUAGAUCACUUUAAAGUGUAAGAUUAUUAAUAAUAUUCUUAAUUUAGUUUGGAAUCAUCAAUCAUAUUAAUUUAUUUGAUAAUAAAAUCUUAACUGUUGAAAGUCAAGAGCAUCGUUUAGGAAGAUGGAUUACUUCAACCAAAAGCAAAAAUUUAAUUGUGUUGUAUUUAUGA